CUUUUCGCGUCCACCGCAAAACAUCUACCCUCCAAAAUGCUUCUCCGAACUCAACUUCUGCUCUGCUUCCGACCACUGUCAAGUCAGGCUGGGAACAGCCGGCGAUGCAUUCAUACAUGCAGUUUUCGAGUGAAAGAGUUUCAGCGAUAUUAUGACUCAAAUUUGGGUGUAGGUUGUCAUUGGACGCGUUUAUGCGCGACUAGGUGGCAAGGCAAUGAUCACACGGGCGGCGCGCGGUCACGCGGGCAAUCUUCAUUGCACAUUAGGUCUGCAGCGUGUGCAUUGAUUGGGUAGACCGUAUUCGGUGGAACUGGUGAACUCUUUCAGUGAAAGGUGGUGAAAGAAAAGAUGUGGUAAUAUGCGCUGAUCGGGUUGA